UCUGAAGGAAGCUAAGUCGAGUUUGCAAUGAAUUUUUAGAAUUGGCGCAUUCAAACUGAAUUUAAGAUACAACAAUUCCUUGAUCAUGACAUGACGUUUGGAUACGACAAAUCAGUUUCUACAUAACAGGUCAACUUUAGUGACAUAGGAGCAAACUGAAGAUCAGAUUUGAAGAUGACCAUGUUUGAGACAGUGCCAGUUGUAGAUGUCCACAAAGAAAACUUCAAAGAAAUAUGGCCAUCUUUGUUGCUGUCGAUAAAAACAUCUACAUUUAUUGCCAUGGACACAGAGCUCAGUGGAUUAGGAAACAGGAAGUCACUUGUUGCCAAGUCUAUAGAGGACCGCUACAAAGGUAUAGCCACCAGCGCAAAGUCUCGAUCCAUUCUCUCCAUUGGCAUAUCGUGUUACAAACUUGUUGAAGUGACAAACUCACUAAAUAAGGAGUGCACCGAUUCCAGUGAGGAGGCCCAGGGGUUGCCACAGGGGGGCGUGGGGCCUGGAGGGUGUCGAUGGAAGUUCCUAGUCCAAACUUACAACAUAACAACUCUAUGUGAGGAGGAUUAUGUUGUUGAGCCAGCCUCAUUGAAGUUUCUCGUCGAGCAUGGCUUUGAUUUCAACCGACAGUAUGCCAAAGGGGUUCCUUACUGUAGGGGGAAUGAUAAGGUUGACAGUAAAACAGACACAAUGUCUCUGCGUCAGCUGUUUAUGGAGAUCCUGGGAGCAGCAUGUCCGAUUAUUUUUCACAAUGCCCUGAUGGACCUUGUGUUUCUGUAUGAAAACCUGUAUGCCAGCACCCCACCAAAUAUGGCCGCUUUCCUAGCCGACCUGACAGAAAUGUUUCCCGCAGGUAUCUACGAUACAAAAUACAUCACAGACUUCAAACACAAGAUGCCUGCCUCCUACCUCGAAUACGUUUUCAGGAAAUGUUUGAGAACUAAUAAAGAGUCUUCGUUGGGGUGUAAGGAACACGCAUGGGUGGAAUUCCCUACAUACCCUGCUGGGUUUUCCCACAUUACUCGAUGUAACUGUGUGCGUCCUGGGGCAGCCAUCCCCUCCCACAUCAACAAGGACACUCAGGACAGACUGAAAGCCACUGUCUGUGGGAGUUACGCAGGCCAUGGAUGGUGUAGUCGCGGCAACAGUUGUGCCAAAUCCCAUGAUGUUGACCUCAUACUAGAUAUUGACUUCCUUGCCCAGUCAAAGAAAAGUCGUAAACGGAAACGUCGCAGAGAUAAUAACCCAAAAACAGACAAUGAGAGUGGAGGUUUAACAGAGCCAGAAGAAGAGCAAGAAAUGGAAACUACUAUUGCUGACAUGUCAAUUGUUGCCAAGGAGGAAUCUGAAGUGUGUGAAAAGGAUUCUUUGAAAAGCAGUGAAAAUGGUGCAGUGAUUCUUCCUGGUGCUGUGGGAGUGGGUAAAGGACCAGUGGUGUCGGGAAAACACAGGGCAGGUUUUGAUGCAUUCAUGACUGGGUAUAUCAUGGCAAGCUAUGUGUCUGAAUACGGUACUUACAAAGGUAGCUUGAAGAUGGAGGAUGUGGGAUUAGAAGAAAUCCAAAACCUGGUAUAUUUGACAGGGAAAGACAUUGCUUUAUCUGUUGUUAAAAGUGGCUUUGCAAAGACAUCCAAAGACCAUCGAGAAAAGUUAUCAAAGUAUUGUUAGAUCUCAUUUUAGCGUUUUGGAAGUGAUCUUUAAUUUUACUCACUUGAAAUAACCUUUAAGAUUGCAUGAUAAUUAGAUGUCAGUUUUAAGGCCAUCUUAGUCACUAAUGUGUCAUAUCUUGAUUGCCUUUGAUGCAUCCUUUGUAACCACAAGGAAAACAACCAUUUUUACUCCUCAGAAACUGUCCAAUAGAUUUUGAUGAGACUUGGUAAACAUCAGCCUGUGGUGCAUAUCAAAUAUAUGCUGAAAACAAAGGAGCUGACUCACUGGGGGUCCCAUAAUUCAAAGUCUUACUGGUAGAUUUCCACGAGCUUUCAUGAAAUUGUUUUAUUCACUAUACUCCGUGUUGAGGGGCACUUGUCGCACCGAGCUUUCAUUUGUAUUAAGUAAGAUCCACACAAGUUUCACAUCUGUGACUGUUAAGACCUCUUGUUUAAGGACACCAAUCGUUUUGUAAUUGUCCACAUGUUCUUUGUUAGAAGAGUGUUUCCCAAACAUUUCCCCAUCUUUUUCAAGAUGUCUUAUCAUUAUGGCAGGCAUUUGCUUUAUAACAGACUAUUCCUAUAUAAGAUUGUCAUAUAAGUGUAAUCAUAAAAGUGUUACAUAGUGUUCCCUGAUAAACUGCUACAACUUUUCACACUGUAACUUUACACGAUAUAAUGCAGGGUGGCCAUAGAAAUGGGGAGGAGUUAACAAAUGGGGAGGUAAUUAAUACAGAUACUAUAUACCAGGAAAUUUCAGCAGUCACACUUUUGCCCUUUGCUGUUACCUAGUAAAUAAAAUCUGGAUUUGAACAGUGUUAACGUAGCACUAUUUAUGUUUAUGUAUAGGAUGGUGUUAACUAAUAUUCGCUGUCAUGACAGAUUCAUCCCCAUGACAGCAGAUGAAAAAGGUAGAAGUUUAUCUGUGGCAUUGCAAAAAUGCUCCGAUAUAUCAGUAUUAUAAUUUUUAUAUAUAUUGAUUACAGUUCACCUGAUAUUUUAAUGCUUUCAUUUUCUUCUACAAUAAAGUAUGUGAUCAGCAAAA